UUUGUCAAAUUGUGUCAUUUGUAAACUGUCAACUAACCUAAAAUCUUGUUUUUAAAAAAUAAAACGGAAGCUUUAUUUAUAAACUUAUCUUUAUAAAAAUGUCUUUAGCGGACGAGCUUUUAGCCGAUUUGGAAGAGAAUGAUGACGGAGAGCUCGAAGCUGCCAUCGAAAGCAAAACCGGUGACGCUCAUGAAUUUGCGGUGCCAUAUCCAGUUGUACCUAAAGAAGAAGAAAUAAAAAAUGUGUCUAUCAGAGAAUUGGCAAAAUUGAGAGAUUCUGACCGCCUACAACGUGUAAUUACUGAAAUUGGACAUAAUGUUGGCAACAACAGGAAUAAAAUUGAAGUAGCAGGUCUGAUGGAGUCAGAUCCUGAAUAUCAGUUGAUUGUGGAAGCAAACAAUAUAGCCGUUGAAAUUGAUGGAGAAAUUGCUAUUAUCCACAGAUUUGUUCGUGACAAAUAUCAGAAACGGUUUCCUGAGUUGGAGUCUUUGAUUAUCACCCCCCUUGAGUACAUACGCACUGUGAAAGAGCUUGGCAAUGACUUGGAUAGAGCAAAGAACAAUGAAAUAUUACAGAGUUUUCUUACACAGGCUACUAUUAUGAUUGUCUCAGUCACAGCAUCCACUACACAAGGAAAAUUAUUGUCAGAAAAUGAAUUGGCUGAAAUAAAUGAAGCGUGUGACAUGGCGUCUGAAUUAAAUAAUUUCAAAUCUCAAAUAUAUGAGUAUGUUGAGAGCAGAAUGACUUUCAUUGCACCAAAUAUAACUGCAAUAGUAGGUGCGUCUACAGCUGCCAAAAUCCUCGGUGUUGCUGGAGGUCUAUCAAAACUGUCCAAAAUGCCGGCAUGCAAUGUACUACCUCUUGGCCAGCAGAAGAAAACCUUGUCUGGAUUCUCACAAGCAGCUGCCCUGCCUCACACGGGCUUUAUUUAUUUCUCACAGAUUGUACAGGACACUCCACCGGAAUUAAGAUAUAAAGCGGCAAAAUUGGUGUCGACAAAGCUAACCCUAGCCGCCCGCGUUGAUGCCUGCCAUGAAAGUUCAGAUGGUCAUAUAGGACGGCAACUGCGCGAGAGCAUUGAAAAGAAAUUGGAUAAACUACAGGAACCGCCGCCGGUGAAGUUCGUGAAACCGCUCCCGAAGCCAAUAGAGCAGAGUAGAAAGAAGCGCGGCGGCAAACGAGUGAGGAAGAUGAAGGAGCGGUACGCCAUGACAGAGUUCAGGAAGAACGCCAACCGACUCAACUUCGCAGACAUCGAAGACGACGCAUACCAAGAAGACCUGGGCUACACACGCGGCACCAUCGGCAAGUCGAGCACGGGCCGCGUGCGGUUACCGCAAAUAGACGAGAAGACCAAAGUGCGCAUCAGCAAGACCCUGCAGAAGAACCUCCAGAAACAGCAGCAGUACGGAGGCGCCACGAGUAUCAGGAGACAGGUGUCGGGUACCGCGUCUUCGGUGGCGUUUACACCUUUACAGGGCCUGGAGAUUGUAAACCCGCAAGCCGCGGAGACGCGGAUCAACGAAGCAAACGCCAAAUACUUUUCAAACACAUCAGGAUUUUUAUCUGUGGGGAAGAAAACUACAUAGAUAAUGAUGUCAUGUUGAUUUAAAUGUAAGAAUAAAUUGAAAACGUCAGAAGAAA